AUGAAGCGCUACGCAGUCCACACUGGGAUCUAUCAGUGUGUUCUCAGACCAACUGGUGAAGUCGCCGGGCAAGCAGCCACAGUGUUCGAGGCUGUGCUAGGAGCAGUACAUCUCGAUGAACUCACUGAGGACGCGUUGAAACCAACGAGGAACGCUGACGACUGGGUUUACGGCAGAGAUUGGCCCACUCCAAUGACAGAGACUAGUGCUGCUCUUGCACAAUCUGGCGACAUCGGUGGAUUUGAUAGUGCUCUGCUACUGCAUAGAAGUCUGGACGAAGAGAAUGGCGCGGGCGAUGACAACGCUGAUCUGCGAACGAGCAAUAUCGAGGCUACAGAAGAAGUCUUGGUCACCACGAAAGACCCGUGCGACAUACCAGAAGUCCUGAGCUCGCCUUCCCAGGGUCACAUUGACAGCAACAAAGCCAAACCCAACGAGCCAGGCGCGCAGGCGUUCAAGCUCGAGGAUGUCUUUAUAGAACGUGUUGGGUUGGCCGGGAGUCUGCUUGGCUUCAAGUUCGAAGACGACAACAUUGCGCACGCGGCUGCGGCACUCGACGCUCAUGGCGGCGAGCGCUAUAUACAUGGUAAGGCGGUUCGGAACAAGAUUCCACUCGCCUCGCAUGGGACUAAUAUCAUAGCGAAUUACUUCUGGAGGCACUGGCUUGCAAGCAGGCUUGACAAGGGUGAAGAGUGCGGCAUAGAGCGUCCACUGCCUUCUUUAUCGGAAUAUGGAAGAGCUGCACGAGAGAUCGGUUUGGACAGAGCGAUCGUCGGCGAUGGUGAGCACCAGACACCAACGGACAAGAUAUUGUCGGCUGCUUUGCGAGCCCUGCUCGCUGUGGUACAUUUCCAAGCCGGCGAAGACGGGGUCCACAAUGUCAUGAAGAAUGCUGGUCUGGCCGUGAAGCUUUUUCCAUUUGCUUUCGAGAGUGAAAAGGGGGAUGCCGACGAACCCGAUAACGAGCAUACCAGUGAGAUGGCCCAACUCCAAGAGCAGAUCGCCGAGAUACACGAGGAUCUCGGAGAGCUGUCUAAGACCAACAAGAUGGAGCAGAAUAGAGAGACGUCCAAACGCUCCACUGCCAAAGCUACAAGAAGUAAAAAGAAGUCCAAGAAGAAAAAGCAGGGAACAACAUGUGAGCAAGAUAUGAGGGACGACGGCAAACCAGAGUCUUAG